CUUGGGGUGUUAACCGUACUCUGCACUGCCACAGCCUACACAGAUGUGAAUGUGUCUAUGCAACUUCCUGACUCAGGCGGCUGGGUCCCACCAAAGGAAACCAGACUCACCAGAACUGACGUUGAGAACUGGCGACACGGUGACGGGACUGAGCUUCUGUCACUUUGUUGAGACAGUUCUGCGACUGAGGUGGAAGAUCGGUGCUUGGAUGAAGCAGGAUUAGAAAUGACUCCCUCCAGUCCCACCAGUCUCGCGGCGCCGGUUCUAGUCCAGUUCCAGCUCGGCCUUUUCAGGGAGGUGGUUCGAGUCCCUGCUGGCAACCUGAGCUACCGCCAUGCCAAGAGGCUGGCUGCGGAGGUCAUAGAGCGCAAGGCUCCAGAAUGCAGCGUGGUGGGCGUCGGGGAGAAGAUUCUGCUGUUCAGACAUCAGCCCGUUUCUGAGCAGCUGCUGCAGCGCCUGACAGAACACGACGCGCUGCAGGAUGGAGACCUCAUCGAGGUCGUCAUCGCAGGCUCAGCCUCCGUGACUGAGAUGAGGAUCCGUCCACACUCCCUGGUGGUCCAGUCGUACCGGACUCCCACUUUCUGCCACCACUGUGGAGAAAUGCUGUGGGGCCUCGUUCGACAGGGGUUAAAAUGUGACGGUUGUGGAUUAGACUUCCAUAAACGUUGCGCUUUCCAGUUGCCCAACGACUGCAGUCGAGCGCGGCGUCAGGUUGGCACCAGCCUCUCUCUGUUUCCCCCCCGACGACCCCGUACACACUCCCUCACUAACCAGGCAGGAGGCAGUCUGGAAGAGAUCAGCAUGUCCAAGCCCUCAUCCAGGCCUCCGUCCUGGGCAGAGCCUCCGGUCUGGCUGGGAGUCGGGUACGGUGACAGGGGCAGGGCUCAGGUCCCGCACACCUUCCACAUCCACAGCUACACCAAGCCCACCAUCUGCCAGUACUGCCACCGACUGCUCAAGGGGCUCUUCAGACAGGGGCUGCAGUGCGCAGACUGCAGGUUCAACUGCCACCGGCGCUGUGAGCCUUUAGUCCCCAAAGACUGUGCAGGAGAGAGGAGAGGCGUCAACGGGGAAGAAUCCACAGCAGCUGGUCACAGCUGCCCAGAGGCGGACCCAGAGGACAAUGAGUCAGAGCUCACCAGCAUGACAAUACCAUAUAUCUCUGACGAUGAGACCUCCAGUGACGAUGCCUCACUGGCCGAGAUCAAGGAAGUGGAGCAACUGCGAGAGCCAAUCAGUCCGUGUUUCAGCAGCUACAUCCCUCUGAUGAGGCUCGUCCAGUCGGUGCAUCACAGUAAGAGGAGAGCCGGUGGAGUCCUGAGAGAGGGAUGGCUGCUGCAUCACACCAACACUGACACACUGAGGAAGCGUCAUUACUGGAUCUUGGACUGGAAAAGCAUCACUCUGUACCAGAACGAGAGAAGCACCAAGUACUACAAGGAGAUCCCUCUGUCCGAGGUGCUGCAGGUCCGAGGCCCCGCCCAGCUCUCCGGGCCCACGUUGCCAGGCGACGGCGCCCACUCCUUUGAGGUGGUGACGUCCUCGCUGGUGUACUGCGUGGCGGCCGGCGAGGACGGGCCGGUCUGGGAGAGCGCCAUCCGCCAGGGUCUGAUGCCCGUGGAGCGGAGCGGAGGGCACGGCGAGGAGAACCACGAUAAACGUUCAGACCGAGACGGCACGGUAAGGAUCGGCUCGUUUCCCGCUGAAUUUCCCCCGCAGAGACGUUUGUCUUACUUCCCGUGUGCAGCACAGUUGUUGACUUGUGUUUCAGGACAUCAGCUCGGCGUAUCAGAUCUUCACAGACGAGGUGCUGGGAUCGGGACAGUUCGGAGUGGUGUACAGAGGUACUCACAGGAAGUCCGGUCGGCCCGUCGCCAUCAAAGUCAUCGACAAGACGCGCUUCCCCGCCAAACAGGAGAGGCAGCUGAGGAACGAGGUGUCCAUACUGCAGGUACAGGUGCGGGUUUCGGGGAUGCGUUUGCCUCUAGAUUCGCUUUCGUCCCGGCGUCUAAUAUGUCGCCGGUGUGUUCGUGCGUCGCCCAGACUCUGUCGCACCUCGGCGUGGUCCUGCUGGAGGGGAUGUUCGAGACCGUCGAGCACGUCUUCGUCGUCAUGGAGAAGCUCCAUGGGGACAUGCUGGAGAUGAUCCUGUCCAGUGAGAAAGGACGACUCCCUGAACGCAACACUCGCUUCCUGAUCAUGCAGAUCCUUGAGGCUUUGCGGUAUCUGCACUGUAAACAUGUCGCUCACUGUGACCUUAAACCUGAGAACGUGCUCCUGGCCUCUGCGGACCCCUUCCCUCAGGUGAAGCUGUGCGACUUCGGCUUCGCCCGCAUCAUCGGCGAGAAGUCGUUCCGUCGCUCGGUCGUGGGGACGCCGGCCUACCUGGCGCCCGAGGUGAUCAGCAGCAGCGGCUACAACCGCUCCCUGGACAUGUGGUCCGUGGGCGUCAUCAUGUACGUGAGCCUGAGCGGGACGUUCCCCUUCAACGAGGACGAGGACAUCAGGCAGCAGAUCACCAACGCUGCCUUCAUGUACCCGCGACAACCCUGGGCCUCCAUCUCUCUGGAGGCUGUGAGUCUCAUCACUAACCUGCUGCAGGUGUCUGUGAGGCGGAGGUUCAGUGUGGGCAAAGCUCUGGGGCACCCCUGGCUGCAGGAGUUCCAGCUGUGGCGCGACCUCCGGGAGCACGAGCAGAGGAUGGGCUGCAGGUAUCUGACGCACCAAGGGGACGAGGAGCGCUGGAUACGCUACGCCCAGGAGAGAGGCCUGGACUUCCCCUCCCGCCUCCACUGGGGCCCCGACAUCGACCCCGGCACGUGACCUCAGCAUGGCCGGGGGUUAAAGGUCGGACGGUUUUUAGUCUGCACAGCUUAAAUGAAACCAGUAAUGAGACGUUUCACACUCAAUAUCCUCAAUUUGUCGGUCAGUGCUGAACCGAUUUAUAGAUUUUUGUAUUUGUACGUUGUUACGCAUGUCAGCUAUUAUACACAGUUUUCUAUGGUCAACAAAUGUUAGAAUUAAGGUGUUUUGUAGUAGGAACAGACAAGAAGAAAAAUUCGGGGAUAUGUAAUAUGCACAAGUAACUUGCCCAUUUACCCAUAGCACAAUUACUUCUACUUGUAUGCAAGAGGAAAAAAAAAAAAAAUUCACAGAUCAGUGUUUGACAAGUACUAAAGAUAAUAAAUAACAACACAAACAACUUUUGUUUAGUAAUAUAAUUUUCCUUUUUUAUUCCAAGUUGUAGUUUUUAAAAUGUAACUGUGUUUAAGUGAGUUUUUGUGGCGUCAGUGAUGGACAGAAUGAGUUGAGGACGAGGAGGAGGAGGAGAAUGGAGCACAGAUGAAGAGGGAAAAAAAAAUCAUGAGUCAACUCGCACUGGUUAUCAUGGCUGACUUGUCAUUUAAAAUGGGACCAAAAUCCUAUACGCUUCCUCACUGACACAGGCCUGCCAUGGUCCCACGUACAGUAUCGGUUCUUCUUCUUUUGUCCACAACUUUCCUGAUGCCCUGUUGUCUCUCAGUGCUAGACACCUCUCUCUGUCCGUGUCCCUCCUCCGUGCAAGUAUAAAUGUUGCCGGAACGGAUCCAAGGAGUUAGGAAAGAGAGGAAAGAGGUGUGUGGGAUUGUUCCCUCUGGCCAUAACCGUUUGUCUUUCUGUCUUCCUUCUUGAGUCCCCAUCCAGCCACGGCCCUCUUUGUCUACGUUUACCCACAGUGCUUUGCUUUGAGCUGCUCUCUCUGGUUGCAGUCUUCAUUUUAAUAUUCAGCGCUUCAAAAGUUUAGAUGCUCAUAUUCAUCCUCCGUUUGUUCCUGAACUUCUUAAUGUUUUAAGAUCACCAGGUUAAAUUUGAAAUUUGCAAAAAAAUUCAGGUUUCACAGUGCUGUGGUUUUUCUUUUUGUGUGGUGUUUUUUUUUUUUAACAAAGUGAGAUUUUUCGAUGUUAGACCUGCUUUGUAACAUAGUAGCACCUGACUUGCUUCGCUCCUCUGCUGACUGAAAUGCUAACAGGCUCCUAAUGAUAUGGUUUGGGUUUUUGUAUGAUUGAAGAGUCGGAGACUCACAAAGACAGCAUUUCUAAACUUCAACAUUGCAUGCAUCUGCACAAAUACACAACCAGCAAAGCCAACUGACCAACCAGCUUUUUUUUUUAUCACAUUUUCUUCUUUAAUUACCCUUCUACAAAAAAAUACGUCAUCUGAGAGAGAGGGUGGAGAGCAGGAGGCUUCACUCAAUGUAAGAUUCUUUAAAAACUUCUUUCUCCCUCAUUACCACCUUCUGUUUAACAUCUCCUAAAGGCAGGUACGUUAUAUGUAUGCUGCUUACAUAAGAUCAGUGCACCACCCAGCACACUUCUGGUUUUUAAAGGCACUUGAAAAGAAAUGAGGGACGGUCCAAAGACGGUUUCUAAGAUUUGAGCAGAGUCUUCUACUCUCACCCUCUCUAGGCAGUGUUUAUGGGAGAUGGAAAGGGCCGGGAGAGGGAUGAAUAAAGGCGAAGGAUGUUAAGAAUUGAAAGAGGAAAAGAUGAUAAGAACAAAGCAUAAUGAAGGACAGUGGAAGGGUUUAAAUUGCUC